GCGUUAGGCCGACGCCAUCUCUAAACUACUGUGCAUAAUACUUGUUGAAAGACUUAGUGAAUUGUGUGAAUUUGGUGUUUGUUAAUUCGAAACAAAAGUGUUAACCAUGGAAUUACUUUGUCGUGAGUGAGAUCUAGUGGAUAUAUACAUCGUUUGAUGACUGUAUUAUUCCGUUCAGUGUCGUCGGCAGUCUCGAUCUUGCGGAAGUUUCUUAGCUAUAGCAACGCAUAUUUUUUGCGGCUGUCUCUGCCGCGCUCGCUACACAUCAGUUUCAUGAUCGUUUAUCGCCAGUUUUAUUAGUGCUUUAUCACGGUGAAGAAAGUGAGUUUUAAGUUGAUAUGAACUCUGCUUUAAAACCAGUGCUGCCCCAACCGGGUGUACCUCAGCCCGGCGGGCAGGCGAGUCCCGCCAAAGGCAACGUAGCGAGCGCGAACCACGCGGUAGGGUUACCGCAGGGCGCUCAGAACUCUCUCCACCACGGGACCAACAACCUGGUGGGUCAAAACCUGGUGCACCACGCUCCCGCGCCCCCGCUGCCGGCCCACGCCGUGCCGUCCAUGGCUCCCGUGACUGCCAACAUGGCCCAAAUGGCACAAAACAUGAGCCACCACGGAAACCUUUCCCAUGUCACACAAAACUCUAUUACGCCGACGAAUAUAGCCGCAAGCCCUAGCAAGAGCGCAAGCACCAGUGCUCCUCUUAGUUUAGUGCAGGACAAAGCAAACGCUUCGCAACCCCUAGCUUUAACUAGAACACCUGAGAAAAAAGAGCCAGACUCUACUGGCCAGGCCAACGGGACGAUAGAGUCUCCGAAAUCAGAAUCCAAUGCCCCCGCUACACUGAAACCUCAAAAUCAAGAACCUAAACAAGAGAAACAAGAUAUUGCCAAAACGUCACCGAGUACACCUAAACCACCCGAAAAACCAAUUAGUGCUCCGAGUACCCCCCAAAAAACUGAAACGUCGAAUCCUGUCCAGGCUGAUAGUCCAGCACAGCCUAAAGUAGCUACAGCUAAUGAGCCCCGAGAAAAAUCGCCUUCAAAACCUACAGAGCUUAAGCCCGCACCUCCCGCUGAUGUAGCACCCACACAGAGUGAUAAUAAACCUGUUCCCGAAUCGGCAAACGAGAAUCAAGAUAAAUUACUAAUUCCUCAGAAAGAAGCGGCGGAAAGUGUAAAACCAGAGUUAUUCAAGGAAGAGAAGAAAGAUGAAGUUUCCGAAAAACCGGGACAAAGUUCAGAAAGUGCAGUUGAGAAAGUGGAGGAAAAACUCGAGCCUACAAAUAAAACCGAAAAGCCUAUAAAGGACGAAAAACUCGAGGAAAGGAAGCCAGAAGUUAAGACAACAGCUAAAUUGGAAGUGAAGGUCACUCCUAAGUCGACAUUAAAGUUGGCUACGGUGACACCCCCGAUGAGGAAAAGGAGACAGGUCUCUGAGAAAUUCGACGGAGCUACUCCAGCUAAGAAGCCAGCCGAGGGUGACCUCACACCGGACACAAGAACAAAACGAAAUAGAACGAAGGUGCAAUUAUACCAGUCUCCUACACCGGAAAUAGCAAUGGCAACAAAGUUGUGACCGAACGAUGAUAAACUUAUCGUAUUUUACAAAAACGAAUAUUUAGCGGUACGUAACGCAGAGGGAGGUUUCUACGUCUGCCAAGCAGUCCAAAACGUCUACCGGACGACAAGAAAGAUCAAGAUACGCUGGCUCUCUCAGGAGAAGUCGGAUCCCACGGGCGAGAUCUACAAGCCAGAUUUUUACGACGUUACUGACAUGGAGUGCGUGCUCACAACUCUAUCGCUACAACGCGAAAGUGGAGGCGCGCAGAGACUGAAGGCCGGAGAGAGAGCCCGAGCCGCCUCCAUACUACAGAGAGCGCUGCGGGCCGAGCAGAGCGGGGCCAACUGUCUCCAGCUCACCGAGGAGCACCCCGAUGGACUGGACCUCUCACUAUACACGGAUGAGUCCCAGCUCGACAAGAAGUCGCGCAAACGCAACAGCUCCAAGAGUUCGCCGCAGACCAACAGCGACACUAAUGAGACUGUGAAUGAAGAGGCGACGCCUAGCAAAAAAUCACGCACGACGCCAAAACGUAGUCCGAAAAGCGUACGUAAAACGAAAUCAACGCCAAAAACGCAAAAACGAAAAUCGUCAGGUAGUACGCCCAUAGUGGCGACCUCUAGCAAGGUAGGCAUAGUACGACGGAUAUAUAGAAAUACUGCUACAGCAUUAACGGAAAAGGCAAAGGCGAAAACGCCUACAAAAAGGACGCCAAUUAAACCAACAAAGGUUGAGACGCCGUCCGCUACACCAUCCAGAAAAGGCCGGCGAGCGGCUAAAGAAAACAAACCAUCCCCCGUAGUGCCAACACCAUCAACCUCGACCGGCAAGACGGGCCGCACCCGUCGCCCCAUAAAGAAAUAACACACCACGCUACACUCCGAAGCGAACAGGCGUCUCACCUUCGACAUCGUUCAUUGGAGCUAACACGAGUAUCAGUCUGGGUCUUUACACACUUAUUCAAUUGCGUUCGUAAGUGCUUGUAAUCGUUCGCAGACGUCCGCGAUUAUUUGCAGACGUCCGCAAACAAUAGCAAAAUAAUAAAUCCAUAUAAGUUUUAUCCUGCAUAUAAAUGUCGAAUUGAUCAUUAUUUUUUUUUAUAUGAGGUAGAAUGGGCUAUUAAUGUCUGUUUCGCUUCAGUUUAGAAACUACAACUUUUAGAUCCAUAUUUGCCAAAUAUGCCAUAAAAUAUAGUAGAAUUUGAUGAUGAAAAAAAAUUGUAUAUAAAAAACUUUUAUCUGUUGGAUACAAUCAUCCGUCAAAUAGAUAUUCAGACUGGUGGACAGGUCUUGAUACUGACAACUAAUGUUUUUUUUUUCUUAAAUAAUUUUCUAAAUUAAUAACUCUUAAGUUACAUAUGACAGAAUGACACAAUUUGGAGCCAUUAAAUAAAAGUGAAUUAUAGGAAAGAUCUAUAUAAAUAAGAUUAUAUAAUAAUAUCUUGAAUUAUAUAAAUGUGAGCGGAAAGUGUGUAAGACCCAUACCCUGACCGUGUUGCAAAUAAAUAGAUAAUAGCUAUAUUUUUGUUAUAGAAAUGAUCAUUUUGAAACGAUUUUGCAUUAAUAUGACCACAAAUAACA